AUGGAGCAGACACUUCGAGAGAUUUCUAGUGCCAUUGGUACACCUCUUUUGAUUGACAACGCGACAUCCAAGCGCUUGUUCGGUCACUAUGCACGAAUUCUGGUUGAUAUGGAUUUCUCUCGCAAGCUCUUUCACGAAAUUGAGGUCGAAAGAGAAGGGUACUCCUUUACAGUCGAAGUGGCCUAUGAAUGGUUACCGGAUUUCUGUUCUCAUUGUCAGAAUAUAUGUCAUGAUGUCACUGUUUGCAGACGGCUUUAUCCUAGGAAGGAAACAACGACACAUAAGGAACAAAUUACGCAGGGGAAGAAGCAAGUCCCAGCAAAUAAGGCUACUUGGGUACCAAUAAAAGAUAACCCAUCUGGCAUUGGUUCCUCUGUAGCUUUUGGAUCCUCAAAAGAAAAUGAUUCAGAACCGAUAAAUGUAGAUGAGCAAACGGAAGCAGUCCCACAACAAUCAAUGAAUUCAGAUGUUCCCGUUCAGAAAGCAAUUGAGGCGACACCUUUGGAGGAGGAAAUGGAAAUUGUCCCACAUGUGCAGCACCAAUCCACAAAUUCAGAUAUUCAAGCUCAAAUACCACUUGAGGCCGCAUCUUUGGAGGCUACAUUGGAGAUGGAUGCAACAUCUCAAUCCCAAGGGGAUGGUAUUAUUGACCACAUAGAUGACAUCCCGGUUGUAACACCGACAAUUAUGGUAACUCCUAUUUCUCAUAGCCCUUCUAUUACUAAUAAUACUUUUAGCAAACAACUCGAGAAUGUAUCUGAUGAGUAG